CGCUGACCAUGAGGCUGCUGCUGGGUGCGACUGCGCUUCUCGGUGUUGCUGCUGCCACGACGUCGCCCAUCUCGCUUAUCGUGCAGCCCGACGAGAUGUUUGGCGCAACCUGCGGCUCCAUCGCCGACUGCGGCUUCCUCCCCGGCCUCGCCUGCGUCGACUCGUUGUGCCACGUGUGCAGCACCGACCGCGACUGCACGGGCUCGGACAGCGACUUUAGCAAGCGCUGCGUGGUCGCGUCGACGGGCGCGCUGGUCCGCCUUCCGAACGCGACGUUGCAACCGCUCGCGUACUGCAUGGAGAAGAACAUGUUUGCGCCGUUCUCGCUUGCUGACCUCAUGGCCUCGGCCCUCGCCUUUCUCUGCACGGCGCUCGGGUCCGCGUCCGGCGCCGGUGGCGGCGGCCUCCUCGUGCCCAUGUACAUUCUAGCGGUCGGUUUGGGCCCGAAGCACGCGAUUCCGCUCUCGAAAGCCACGAUUUUUGGCGGUGCCCUGGCCACGUUCUUGUCCAACUUUCGCAAAAAGCACACGUACCAUCCGCGCCGACCGGUCAUCGACUAUGCGCUCGCAGGCAUGAUGGAGCCGCCGACGCUCAUGGGCACGAUCUUUGGCGUCAUGGCGAACGCGACAUUUCCGUCGUGGCUCAUCCUCUCGCUGCUCGUGACGCUGCUUUCGUUCAUGGCCUACCGCACGCUUCAGAAAGUGCAGCACGUCGAAGCGCAGGAAGGCCGCGCACGCGGCGAGACCAAGGUGCUCCUCCCGACAAGUGUCCAAGCCGACGCCGAGCACCAAGCACGCACGCGCCAAGAAGAUGAAGACGACUUUGCCUCGUUGCCGCCACUCGACUUUCCGCCGCAUGCUGACAAGCAAGCGUCCCUCGAUGCAAUCCGGGCCCAGCUCUACGAGGAAGAGCGUUCGAUCUUCCCGCUCACGUAUGUCCUCCCGCUCGUGGCAUGCUGGCUCAUCAUUUUUGUUCAAUCACUCUUUCGCGGCGGGCAUGGCACGGCCAGCAUCGUCGGUGUGCCUUGUGGCUCGUCCAUCUACUGGGCUCUUACGUUUGUGCCGCUCCUCUUGCUCAUCCUCAUCACGUGGCUCAUGGGCCACCGCCUUCGCACGCGCAACCGCCUCAUGGUCGUGAGCGGCACCGAGUUUGCCCAAGGCGACGUGCACUGGACCUAUCAGAAGGCGCAAAUCGUGUUCCCGGCCUACUGCUUCGUUGCGGGCAUCGCGUCCGGCCUCCUCGGCAUUGGCGGCGGCAUGGUCCAGAGCCCCAUCAUGCUCGAGUACGGCCUUUUGCCCGUCGUCUCGUCCGCGUCCGCGUCCUACAUGAUUCUCUUUACGUCUUCGGCAACGACGCUGCAGUUUGCGGUCGCGGGGCAAUUUCCCGGCCAGCGCCAAUACGAUUACAUUGUGUGGUUUUCGCUCAUGGGCUUUCUCGGUGGCAUUUUUGGCCAAAAGUGCGUCGGGUACCUCUUGAAAAAGUACAACCGGACGUCGAUCCUCGUGUACAUUCUCGCGUUCGUCAUCGGCGCGUCGGCGAUCGCGAUGGGCGUCGCAGGCUUCCAAAACGUCGUGCGCGACUUCUCCAAGGGGGUGCACCUCGGCUUCUCGGGCCUUUGCGCCGUCUAAAUUGCCACAAUGGACUUAUGUUUUUGCCUCA